AUGUUUCAUUACUAUAAUAUCGUGACUCAAUUAAAUGAUAAUCAUGAUAAAGGGAAAAGAGCCUAUGAGUCUCAGAUUUCUUCUAAUGAUUUAUCAUGGAUUGAUUGGUUUUCUGCAAAAUCUCCUUGGAUUUUGCCUGUAGAGUAUGAAUUUGCCGAAGAUCCUUUUAAUUCAUAUGGAGUGCAAUGUAAUAGAGAUCUUUACGAUAACGCAAUGAAGAUUAUUCUCAUGAAAAAGUUUACAAAUCAAAAUUUAGCAGAAUUUACGGAAGAUGAACAAAAAGAAGCAAUCAAUAUAUACACACAAAUUCAUCAGAGGUAUGUUACUACCCCUGAAGCUAUUACAAUCAUAAAACGAAAAUAUACAAGCGGAAUGUUUGGAAUAUGCCCUAGAUUUAAUUGUGACGGUCAACAUUUACUUCCAAUAGGCAUGGACUAUGAUAUUGGGUUAUCAAAAAUAUGUGGCUGGUGCCCAAAAUGCCAUGAUAUUUACGAAUUAGAUGUUGACGUUGAUGGGGCAUAUUAUGGUCCAACAUUUCCUCAUUUCUUCCAACAGAUGGCGAAAGAUGUAACCAAUGUUGCACAAGGAAGCAAAUCUACAAUAUCCUACAUGGGAAUACCGCUUGAGCCUCAAUAUUUCAGUUAA